CAAAAGAUAUGGACAUAAUUGACGAGGCCAUCUACUAUUUCAAAGCCAACGUGUUCUUUAAAAAUUACGAAAUCAAGAAUGAAGCUGACCGAACCUUGAUCUACAUAACUCUCUAUAUUUCGGAGUGCUUGAAAAAGUUGCAGAAGUGCAAUUCCAAAGGGCAGGGGGAAAAAGAAAUGUAUACUUUAGGGAUCACCAAUUUCCCGAUGCCCGGAGAACCAGGAUUCCCACUGAAUGCUCUUUAUGCCAGACCUAGCAAUAAGCAGGAAGAAGGUAAGCAGGUUAUGGGGAGGGGAAAAAAAAGGGAAAAUUGCAAGCUAUUUUAGCCAAAUCUCAUUCAUAAACACAGCUAGUUAGAUGUGAGAACACCUGAGUUUUGCGCAGCUUAAUUCUGUGUACGGCAUUGGGAUGAUAUGUGGCUGAGCCAUGGUUUAGUUGCUUUUUCCAUGUCACUGAAAAUCCAGGUUUAAUUGGACGCUCUUCCACUCCUGUCGGCAAAGGUAUGCCGAGUUUAUUUUAAUUCGAUUGGAUGGGAUGAUUAAUCAGUUUGCCGAUCGAUGCCAGAGCUCGAAUUCCCUGCAUCCGAGCAGCCGAUUUAAACAUCCAUCUAAAAAGGCCAUCAGAAAUAUUUGUUUGUUUGUUGAUUUAAUUUAUUUA